AUGGGACGAAUAGUAUACGCGGAAGAAUGUUUAUUAAGCUAUUUAGAAUCGUUAGCUCAAUCAGACGCUUACACGGUUGGACUUAUUUUGGGACAGAGUACCGAGGAUACAGAUUAUGUGAUACACUUGGCACGUACCCCUCCACCAGCAUCAAAAGACGUUAUUGAAGAAACUUUGAUAGGUUCAACGACGAGCCUUCAUCAAGAAUCGCCGGUCCAAUUUAUUAAGUCAAUUAAAGAUGUUCCAAGCAGCUGGGUCGCAGAUCAUGCGAAACAUGUUACGCGAAUGUUACCAGGUGGUAUGUGGGUUCUUGGAAUUUUCAUUGUUGGUCCGGAUGAUUGUUUAAAUAACAAUGAUUCAACUCAAAGACUAAGAUCAAUUGUUACAGCAAUACAUCAGAAUUUAGAAUUUGAUCAAUAUCUUUAUGGAAAUAAUCCAUACGACAAUAUUGUUCUUGAAUUUAAUAGCAGAACUAAAAGGUUCUCAUGUAAAUCUUUUGAAGCUAACGGUAGUGGGCCUUUGAAAAAUGCUGAUGUUAAAUUUCAAUCGAAAAUCACAAAGUGGUAUCAGUUGGAUACUCAUGUAGAUUUCGAUCAGAUGUAUCCAAUUAUUAAAGAUCAAGAGUCUGAAUCAUUGAAGAAACAGCUUCAAAAUAUUCUUAAAGAUAUUUCGUCUAAAAUAGAAUCGUCAAUUGUCGUCCUGGAAGGUGAAUCGAUGGCGUUAGAUGAUCCUAUUGAAAUACUAGGAGAGAAGAAAAAAAAAGAUAGGAAAGAAUCAAAAAGUAAUGACACUAAUUUUAAUAAUAGAGUACUUCAAGCGGUUAUUUACAUUCCAAGUUUGCCUAACAAAUCAAAGACUUUAGAAAUAAAGCGUACAAGCUUCUGUGCAUCAAUCAAGUUACAAGGGCAAUUAAUUAGCAGAACUUUUGUUCACCAAUCAUCAACAAUUGGUGAAGCUGCAAGUGCAAUUAAACAUGAUAUUAUGAGAUCAAUGGCCAGUAGGUUAGAAAUGCAUGCCGACAGUUUAAUUGAAGAAGAAAACGGCUUGCCAGAAGACAACAUUACACUUCAUGAACCACCACGAAGGGUACUUGUAGCUUUACCAAAAAGUAGAAUAACUUUAUCAGACUACUUAUUCCCCGGUGAAGGUCCUCAAGAAGCUUUAAUAUCACUUCAAGAACUUCUAGAUCUUGAGGUACAAGAGAGUUGUGUUCAAAAAGAUUUUGAAUUGCAAGCGAAUCCAGCUGAAUUUUAUUCACAAAAUGAAAUAGUUACUGAACCCACUGAGCAAAAUAAAUAUUCAGAUAAUAAUUCAUUAUUUUUAUAUAUAUCAGGAUUAAUUGUAGCAUUAUCAAUUCUUGUUAUUUCCAUUUUAAUACAUUAUUUUUACUAA